AUGGCGUCCACCACGACGCCCAGGAACACACUACUCGGGGCGACCAACUAUGAACCACGGCUGCGGUCGCAUCUCAAGCCGCAGCGCUUCAAGCUCGUCGAGCAGUCCUUGCGCCUGGACAGCAGUCUGAACCAGAGAAAUCCGCUCUCGACUCGACUAGACCUACGAGACUCCGAACGCUUUGAUACGACGGCGAAUGACAUUGGCAAGCUGGCAUGUGAGGACCUAGAGGAGAGCAUUUUCGCACCCCAAAACGUGCGAAAGGUGCUGCGGUUCCAGAGUUUUUACGUUGAGAGCGUGGACGAGAGCAACCUCGAAGUUGUUCGGUUACGCAGAAAUACCAUCCUGCUGUACCUGCACGACGAAACGUUUGAGAUAAUUGAGCCUCGAGAACGCAACAGCGGUAUCCCUCAGGGCACUUUCCUCAAACGAUGUAAGCUUCGACGUCCAGACGGUGAGCUGUACUCUUCUAGCGACUUACGUCUAGGCUUCGACUUGCAUGUGUUCGGGCGAAGCUUCAAGUUGUAUGGGUGCGAUGACUUCACGAGGGAAUACUAUGCAACACACGGCGAGGAGGUGGGCACACCACUCCCGUUGCCCAAGGAUGAGUACACUCUCACUCGUGACCAAAUUACGCGCAUGUGUGGAGGUGACCCCGACCACUUUUACGGUAAACAACGGUACCCUCUCAAGACGUACAUGGAGGCGUCUUUGGGCAAUUCUAUUCGCUCCCGUCUGCAGUCGGAGAAGAAGCGCAAGUUUCUGGCCAACAACCGCAAGGUGCUGUGUUUCCACUGCGAGUACGAUGUACGUGACCGACUCUACGGUGACCUCAUGGCGUAUAUACUUGACUACUUCCUCGAAGAUGACACGGUGGAGUUCAAGGAAGUUUCCCGUCCGAACAAUGGCCGCGAUCCGUUCCCGUUGCUGCUUCGUCGUGGUCGUCUUCUUAAGAAUUGGCAUCAGCAUUUGACGGACGAGCAAGAUCGCGGCGUCGAAGAGCCUACGAGUGCAGAGAGCUAUUACGGCGAGACAGAUCUGUACGUGGGUGCUGUGCUCAACGUUUUUGGCCGUGAGAUGCGUCUCGUGGACGCAGACAAAUACACGCGCGACUACUAUCAAAUGGCCUGGGGACGCGUUUUAGACCCUGCCAUGCCGAUGAAAGUUGAAAAGCUUGUGUUCCCCAAACCAGAACCAGCCCCGUAUAAUGGAUACGGCACAGAGGAAGACUCGCUGGGUUCGUGUCAUUCGCUGUGUCCCAAAGCCCCCCGUAAGGACUUUAAGAAGAUGGCCGAGUUCGACCGCAUGCUGUUGCGCUUCCGUGCGCGCCUCAUCUCAAGUCGCAAGGAGCAGCAGCAACGCCGCUUCAUUGUCACGUACUUCCUCACGGAUGACACGGUCUCCAUCUAUGAGCCAGAGCUGCGCAAUUCGGGCAUUGUGAACGGCAAGUUCCUCGAACGCGGUGCUUACAAGAACUUGGAAGGUGUUCGCUAUAUCCUCGAUCACUUGGUGAUAGGUGCUGAGCUUGUGUUCAACUCGCACCGCUUCCAGCUGCUCGACGCCGAUGAGUACACCAAGAAGUUCCUCGCCUCCUAAUUUAGGAGUCCUAAAUGCAUGACAAGGUAGCUGAAGUGUUUGAAUCAGAUUCUCACACGU